GUUUGCAGCGGCCUCUCAAGGAAGUGAUUGGGGUGUAACAGAAACAUUGAAGAAGAAAAAUGCCAGCUUAUCACUCACAGUUUACAAACCCUCCUAAACUGAUAGGAAAUGUAGCAUUGGUGCCACUUAGAACAAGUUACAAAGGACCAGCACCAAAAGACAGUGGUGAAUCAGAUAUUAUAGAUGAAGCUAUUUUUUAUUUCAAGGCCAAUAUAUUUUUCAGAAAUUAUGAAAUCAAGAGUGAAGCCGAUAGAACACUUAUUUACAUAACUAUGUAUGUAACAGAAUGUUUGAAGAAAAUGCAAAGAUGUAAUUCCAAAAAUGAUGCACAGAAAGAAAUGUAUACUCUAGCAUUAAAGAAUUUCCCCAUUCCAGGGGAAAGUGGUUUUCCAUUAAAUGCAAUGUUUGCAAAACCUAAAAGUAGAGCUGAAGAAGAUACCAUGAGGAACUACUUCUUACAGAUUAGACAAGAAACAGGAUUAAGGAUGUGUGAAAAAGUAUUUGAUACAGAUAAACCUAGCAAGUGGUGGUUAUGCUUUGCCAAGAGAAAGUUCAUGGACAAAAGUUUAUCAGCACCUGGACAAUAAGAAGACAAUUAUAUAAUAGAAUGCUUUUAUGUCAUUUUAUAAAGAUUUUUUAUCACCUAUUGAUAUAAACUAAAAAAUCGAUUAUGUCUUUUGUAAAGAACAACUUUUUCAAUAAAUACAUGAACAGUACAUUGUGAAAAGUAUUAUACAUUGUAUUGGUAAAUAGUUAUCAACAUUGUUAUUAGCAGUAUUAAAUAAUGCAUUUAAGAGGUAAAUUACUGACAUUUUAUAGAAUAAAAGUAAUUGAAAGUGAGUAACUAACUUCGAAAUGGUGCUUGUCAAAAUUGUUAAUAACAUCUAACCUGUAUAAAUUUAUUACAAAUAUUAUCAUUAUAUCAUUCUUUAGGGAUGAUCUAUAUUGAAUAGAUUCCAGUUGGAAAUGAAACCUUGGUUUUGAUGAAAUAAAAUUGAUAUAUGACUGUCAUAAUCAAUAUGGGCCAUUUUUAUUUUAAUUUUUGGUUAUUAAAUGUGUGAAUCCCCCAAUAGAGGAGGAAAAUGUUAUCAUACGAUCCUACUAAUAAAGAAAAAUGUUCUUAAAAUAUAUUGAAAGGAAAUCCUGACCAUGGGAACACAUAAUGAUAUGCAUGUACUUGUAUAUGUAUCACAUUAAUGAUAUUUAUUAUAAAUAAAUUUUAUACAAUU